CCCGCCAUAUUCACGAGACUAUUUGACUGAGGGAACCAGACCUUGCAACAAGGAUUCGUAUAAGAAGUACAUCAGCCUGGCCGUGAGGAUUGAAAUCCACCUAGCGUUCACCCGGAAGAGGACCCAGUUUUGUACAUCAUAGGGCGUGAUAUCUCAACGACAUCUUAAAAUCUACCCGGAGUCAUACAAACGAACGAAUUCCAACCUCGCCUCAACAGGACCAAAGGACAUAACAAAGCAAAAGAAAACAAACCAGGAAACCUCCACUUACCACUGAUCUCCUCAUAAAAAGAAAGAGAAAAGGAAAACUACCUAAAUCAUGGCAACCACCACAACUACCAACGGCGUCACCAACGAGCUCCCCACCCCCUGGCGCCGCACCCCCCUCAUCCACUCCACCCACCUCUCCAAACACGCCGGCUGUCAAAUCUACCUCAAGCUCGAGAACCUCCAGCCCUCAGGCUCCUUCAAGUCCCGCGGCAUCGGCAACUUCCUGCUCUCGCACCUGUCCUCACCCACACUUGACAGAUCCCGUCUCCACUUCUACACCUCAUCCGGCGGAAACGCGGGCCUCGCGUGCGUGCACGCCGCCGCGACCCUGCACGUCGCGGCCACAGUCGUCGUCCCGCUCACGACGUCCGACUACAUGGUCGCUAAGCUGCGGGCGGCGGGUGCGCAGGAGGUCGUGCGGUUCGGGGCGUCGUGGGCGGAGGCGGAUGCGCAUUUGCGGGGGGAGGUGUUCGAGUCGGCGAGGGGGAGGGGGGAGGAGCCGGUGUACGUGCCGCCGUUUGAUGGGGAGGCGAUUUGGGAGGGCCAUUCGACGCUUGUGGGGGAGGUUUGGGAGGAUCUCGGGGGAGUGAGGCCAGAUGCUGUGGUUUGUAGUGUUGGGGGUGGGGGGCUGUUUUCUGGGAUUAUGAGGGGCCUGGAUAAGAAGGGGGAGAAGGUGAGGGUGCUGGCGGUGGAGACGAAGGGCGCGGAUAGUUUGGCGAUGGCGUUGGAGAAGGGCGAGUUGGUGACGCUGGAGGCGAUUACGAGUAUUGCGUACAGUCUCGGCGCGAGGAGGGUUGCGGAGCAGGCGUUUGAGUAUGGAAAGAGGGAGGAGGUGACGAGUGUGGUUUUGAAGGACGAGGAGGCGAUUGAGGGGUGUGUGAGGUUUGCGGAUGAUGAGAGGAUAAUGGUGGAGCCGGCCUGUGGAGUGAGUGUAGCGCUGUGCUAUGGCGGGAGGUUGAAGAAGGUAUUGCCGGAGUUGAAGGAGGACAGUACGGUGGUGAUUGUGGUGUGUGGUGGCAGCAACGUCACUGCACAGAUGCUGCACGAGUGGACAGUUAGCAUGGAAAAGAAGUAAGCUUCAGCGUACGAACAUACAAGAAGUAUGCAAUUGCUAUGGAAUACAUAGUAGGAAAGAAUGAGGCUAUUCGGGAGUCACAUGUAUUAGGCAUUUCGUUAGGAGAAUCAUAGACGGAUAGAAUAGAAUCUCAAUGAGAGUUUAAGCAUC